AUGAAAGCAAACGAAGUAUGGAAACGAUGUCAAUCGGACGAAAACUUACCUACAGCAGACGUAGUCAUAGGAGCUGAUACUGUGGUAGUGUACAAGGACCAAGUACUGGAAAAGCCAAAGGAUGCCGAUCAAGCUAUUAGUAUGUUACGACAACUCAGUGGACAAACUCAUACAGCUCUUACUGGUGUUCAUAUUCUCGCCAAAGAUGUUCACUAUCAGUUUGUCACGACUACCAAGGUGACAUUUGCUUCACUCAGUGAUGACGAUAUUUUUGAAUAUGUUCGUCAAGGAGAACCUUUCGACAAAGCUGGUGCUUAUGGUAUUCAAGGACCUGCUGCAUUAUUCAUAUCAAACAUUGAAGGUGAUUAUUGGAAUGUGGUUGGAUUACCACAACACCCUCUUUAUCAAGAAUUAUUGAAACUAGCUAAAACAAAACAAUGGAUAUGA